CACGAAAACAAAAUAUCGGCUCACGCCACGCCCGUUAAACUAAUGACAAGUUAGUCAGUUUAAUUUAGAUAAAUCAGAAUAAAUAUAAAUCAUCAAUUGGCAGCCUUGAGUAUGAUUUAUAUUUAUUAGUAUGAUUUAUAUUCAGUAGAAAAGAUGCGUUCCCGAAAUAAAAAUACCUACUAGACACCUUACAAUAGAGUAAAUAAUCUGCCUAUGAGUUUUUUUGAUACUUCUAAGUGAGUGACCGACCGAGUACCGAUACAAGUACUUACUUCACGAUACUACUUGUUACUCAGUUCUAAAGUAUCGAUGCUAAAAGUACUUGGUAUCGAAAGAAAAGUCAGGAGUAGUUACUUCUAUGUACUCGUAUCGUUAUCCCUAGCCCUAUGGUAUGGCGGUGGCGGUCGCUAUUUUUGUUUGACACAUUGAAAAAAAAAUUGUAUGUAAACACUUUUGUGCCAAAAGAAAGUUUCAAGAAACAAAGUGGGUUAUAAUAAAUUACUGUCAUGAUACUUAACUACGUACCUCGUGUAACUCAGCUAGAUGCAAUACAAUUGGACAAUCAAGUUGAAGAACUUUUCAAGCAACUGCUUAAUUAUUCUACUAAAUACUUGAAGCCUGGUUUUUUUGAGCCAUUUCUGCCAGAAAUAGAUCUGUUGCUUAGAACAUGGAUAUUCAAAUAUACCAUUUACAAUAAAAGAAGUACUUUUGGGCAAGACAUUUUGUCAUUAAACUAUAAAAGAGAUAAUUUUUCAAAUAGUAAAGUUUAUUGGUAUUUUGGAUACACUAUAGGACUAAGAUAUCUUAAAGAUAGAGCUUUAUUUAGCUUAACUUCAAAUGUCAGUGUACAAAACUUUCUAUAUAAAAUGGAAAUCUUUCAUGUAGUUGGGGAAAUUUUGAAUUUUUUGAGGUUUAUUCAAAGUGGUAAACAUCCUAAGUUAAUAGAUUUUCUAUUGGGUCUUGAUAUAAGUGCUGAAAAACUGACUAGAGAAGAUUUGACAGAUUUUUCAUGGACCCGUGAACUGUUAUGGAACAAUUUUAUUGAAUUAAUUGGUACUGCUAUAUCUUUAAUUAAUGUCUUUGGGUUGAAGAGAAAAUUGAAUCAAGCAAUAAAAUAUGGUUGUUGGAAACGGCAGAAUAAAAUAAAAAAUAAAGUAACAGAAGCUACUAUGACAGCAAAAACAAUUUGUGCUAGCUGCAAAAAUAAGCCAGUUCUUCCGUAUACUAUGGGAUGCUGCCACAUAUUCUGCUAUUAUUGUUUAAUGGUAACUAAUAAAAAAAAAUGUUAUGUUUACUAUAUUUUAAGCAAGCAGCUUAGCUGCUCAACUAGCAUUUAGGAGAUCGAUGGCGCAGGUGGCUAGCGCGUUUAUCCUGCGAUCGUAAAAGCUAAGCAACUUUCGCAAUGGUCGGUCAUUAGAUGGGUUACCAAAACUUUAUAAUCUCAAGCUCCUUCGUGCUGCUGAAAGCACGUUAAGCCAUUGGCCUCGGCUGCAUUAAUUAAGUUAAUACACACCAAUCCACACUGGUUCAGCAUGGUGGGACAUGUUCAUGGCCCAAUCUCUGUAAUCCAUACAUAUAAAAGGCCUGUGCCCCAGCAGCAUUUAUACGCUGCUGUUGAUCAAGACGAGCUGCUAGUUAAUUAACCAACAACCUUCAAAAUGUAGGAAAGAUUGCACUGGAAAGUAUGCUACUGAACACUAACAACUGUCUCAAACUUCUAUUUAAGAAAUGCUGAAAAUUAUCUUGUCGCAAUGCCACUACAUAGGUACCUAGAAAUAACUAAACACAAGAAUUUCAAUUGUGAGGACAGAUGGGUCUAAUUAAAUUGUAUAGUAUCUGGAAUCCAGUACGCAAAAACCGGAAAAAUAAAAAAAUGUAGGUAUCGGUUUUCGGUUGGAUACUGUUUUUAUUGUGUGUCGGGAACACAUUACUUGCUCACUGGGGAACAGGUGCGAUUGAAUAGUGAGAACGUGACCAGUGGUACGGGUAUCAAACGCAAUAAAGACUACGUCAGAGGGUACAUCUAUUAUAUGUCUGCCAAUAACAUCUAGCCACAAGUUACUCCGUGAUUAUGGUACUUGCAACAGUGCCGAAAUAUCGAGGACUCGUAAAAAACAAGGUAGGUACAUGGUGGCAAUACCGCUAAUAACCGCGAGUGACCAUAUAACAGUUUAAUACAAUAUAACGCAAAACUCAUUAAAAAUGGCGUAUCUCAUACUGUUUAAAGAUACGUAAUAGCACACGGUGAUAAGGCACCCUGAUUGGAGCUGCCGCAUAUAGCGGCUUCCCGCGACUUUCUAUUUUAUUGAUCAUCGUGCCAGGUCUUCGAGAAUCUUUCCGCUCCAAUGCCUAUCGGUUUUGAUUUCCUUGCUAUGUUUCUCGCCCCUUCGGCCGAGCAAUCUUUCGAACGAUGUUGGUAAUUUUAGUUCUGUUUCAAAAUUUUCUCAUUUCUGAUUCUAUCACGAAGGGAAAUACUCAGCAUAACUCCAUUGCUCGCUCUGCUACCUUGAGAGUCCAUAUGGGACCUAUAGUAACCGAACACCUUUCGCCUCCGUUGCGCUGUGGAUCUGAGUCAUCAAUGAUCAAUGGCAACACACACACUAGGUUUUGCCGGCACUUCACAAAAUAUUUUUCCAGUAAAUGAAACGCUAGUGAUUUACUAGGUACCUACUUUCUCCAUGGUACGAUAAUUGAACUGUUUUUAGUUACCAGUAAUGAAAUAAGUACCUACCAAUUUCUUUUCCAGGCCAAUAAAACUGCAGAUCAAGAUUAUACUUGUCCUAAGUGUAAUUACAAUGGAAAUUAUAUAAAAAGGUAUCUUGUAUUUUGAUUUUGUAUUAUGUUUACAAGUUUUUAUAAGAAUUUGUUGGUGCUGGAAUGUUAUUGUUGAUAAAAAUAUGGUGAUUAGGUUAUUAAGAUUUGAUUGUUGUUGAUUAAGAUUUAGUAACUUCAUUGACAUGUUUAUUUGUAAUAAUAAUUCAUUAUUACGAAAAGAAUGUAAAUAAUACAUAUUUAUAAAGAUAAUAUUAAAAGUUUACAUUUAAAUAUGGUAUUUUUUUAUUUUGGUAAAUCUGAG